AUGGCGACCUCCAUCAUCGCUUGUGGUCUUCAUUCUCUUCCGACGUCCAUCCUUGUCCAUGACAUUUCAUCAACCUUGCUCUUUUCACCUUUUACCACUCUUUUGAAAGUCCUUGCCUCGUGUCGGUUUUCCGCAAUUCAUUACGACAUCCGACCGACCGAUUUGAAUCAUUCUUUACAUUUGCAACUCAUCAUCCACAACAUCAUCCACAACAACAUCCACAACAACAUCCACAACAACAUCCACAACAUCAUCCACAACAUCAUCCACAACAUCAUCCACAACAUCAUCCACAACAACAUCCACAACAUCAUCCACAACAACAUCCACAACAUCAUCCACAACAUCAUCCACAACAUCAUCCACAACAUCAUCCACAACAUCAUCCACAACAUCAUCCACAACAUCAUCCACAACAUCAUCCACAACAUCAUCCACAACAUCAUCCACAACAUCAUCCACAACAUCAUCCACAACAACAUCAACCACCAAACAUGUUUCAAGUCCAAAAAAAGAUCAACAAUAUUUGCCGGCUUCCGGGGAUAA